AUGAAUGUCGAUGGACACGGGUUUCAUGAUGACAUCCGGCAGACCUCAUGUUUGAAAAAAGUAUCAGAAUCUGAUGGUGUAAUGUUCAAAGCUCCCAUAAAAACACACACAAUACUACAAGCAGGCUUUUUGUCAAAGAAUCGCGUUCUUAGGAUGAUAUUCUGUGGAGGCAGAGACAAGAACAUCGAACAAAGGGAGGUAGAAAGUGCGUGUGUGAAAAAGAAAGAUCCACGGACAAAUAGACAACGGUGUGCAAAACUAUCUAUUGCUCUUGUUGCUAAAGGUUCCACUCGGGGUGCUUUUGAUCCUUCUCUGUUUCUCUGGGGUCAACGCCUGCCGUACGGACGGACAUGUUUUCAUUUGUCGAGAAUGGAUAAUUCGGCUGAACAAACAGAUUACCGAAUAUAUGAUGACAAUAACUUAUUACCUGAUCCAAUUUUGAAAGAGUAA